CUAAGAUACAAGAGAAAUGUUUGUAUUGCUCACAAACCUCUAUUUACUUGAUGUUAUACAGUUAUUUUGUGAAGAUAAGUGUACAAAUUAAAUGACUGAUUAAAACGAUGCAUAUUGUGGGAUGUUGAAAUACUUAACGUUGUUUUUUGAAAGUGUAAACAAUAAGACCUUUUAAUUUAUUGUGGCGUUCAACCUAAAACACGUUUUUCACUAGCAGUAUCAUUAAAAUAUCGUUGUCCUUAAAAAUGUUACGAAGACCAAAACAUGUCAAACAGACGAAACAGGAAGGAAAAAAGAAAAAAGCCGACAAAAGGACAUAUGACAGUCCACCACUUACAGGGAAAUUGAAAAAGCAUAAACAUGAUUUUCAGUUCACACAAAAGGAUUCAAAAGAGCAAAACCUUGAAACACUUGUGUUUGGUGGAGAAAGGGAACUUAUCGAUGAAUUUGAAAAGAUAAUAAAGGAUGAGCCCGAUCAGAAAAGACAGUUUAAAGUUAAAGAUGACAAGAAAAAACCUGUAUGGGAUGACGAUGAUGACAAUCAGGGGAGCAUUUUACUCUCUAAAGCCAGGAGAUUCAAUGACAUUAGACAUGGAGAGGAGAAAAAGAUAUCUAAGAGUGAAUAUAGUCAGAGAUUAAAGUCACAGUUUGAGAGAGUGUCCUCUACUCCUAACUGGGCCAGGCUGCCUUCUGAAAGAGAGAAAAAUUCUGAUGAUGAAGAUAGUGAUGUUGAGGACAUACUACAGAAAACAGGAACAUUUAUAACAUCAUCAACUUCCCUACCUAAAACAUUUCUACAGAUCAAGCCAUGUACAGAUUUAAACAAAGAAAGUCCAUUAAAGGGGAAAGUUACAGCUUUAGAGUUUCAUCCUUCAGCGCAAGUAGCACUUACUGGGGGCUUGAAUAAUACACUUACGCUCUUCCAGGUGGAUGGGAAAUCUAAUUCAAAGAUUCAGAGUUUAUUCAUAGAAAAUUUCCCAGUGCUCUGUGCACACUUUACACAAGAUGGAGAACAGAUAGUAAUAGGUUCAAAACACAAGAGCUUCAAGUACUUUGAUAUGAUCAGUGGAAAAGUUAUCAAUGUUCCAAUGAAAGGUAUAGAGGAAACUAAUUUGAAAGAGUUUGCUGUGUCACCAGAUGGGAAAUACCUCGUCUUUUUGGGAAAAUAUGGAGCUAUGCACUUUAUUGCAUCAAAGUCAAAGGAAUGGUUGUUUACCUUAACAAUGAAUGGUAAUGUAACGUCAGUAGAUUUUACCAGUGAUGGCAGACAGAUGUUCUCACAUGGUGAUGCAGGUCAGGUUUAUGUUUGGGAUUUACAAUCACGCGAGUGCAUCCACAGAUUUAUGGACGAUGGUUGUACACGUGGUACUUGUGUAGCAGUUUCUAAAAAUAACCAGUAUCUAGCUUGCGGGUCCAACACUGGGGUUGUUAAUCUGUAUGAACGAGAGACAUGUCUCUCAACAAAUGACCCAAAGCCACUAAAAGCUAUAAUGAACCUUACAUCCAGCUGUUCUCACAUGAAGUUCAACUCUACAUCAGAAAUGUUAGCCAUUGCCUCUGAUUCAGAUGAUAAAGCUGUCAAACUUGUACAUGUAGCCAGUCAGUCUGUAUUUUCUAAUUUCCCAGAGAGGUUUGAUACAAAUUUGAAGGUACCUACAGUGUUAGACUUUUCUUUAAAUAGUGGAUAUUUCACCGUGGGAACAAAUAGAGGGAAGGCUUUGCUAUACAGGUUAAAACACUAUGGAAACUACUAGAUCUUCUGAAAUGUUGUAUGUUUAUUUUUGUUUUAAAAUGCAAUAAAAUAUGAAUUAUAGAAGAAAGAAAAUUGUUUUCUUUAAUCUUAAAAUGAGCACUUGGUGAUAAGGG